AUGAAUAUUGCCCACCCGGGCCACCCUGCCCUUAACAUGGGUGUAUCAGCCCACGGGACUCUGGGGCUACCCAAUCCCUUCAGCAGCAGCGCGGCUUCUUUACAUCAGAGAUCACCUUUUGCCAUCCAGGAAUUACUAGGAUUAAGUCACGCUCAUGCUCAUCAAGAAACGGGUGUAAGGACUUGCACGGGACGAUCGUGCGGCUUCCAAACUGCCGACGCUUCAUCCCUUCUCUCCGCUGCCUCUUCGUACAUUCCCAGAACACUGGCAGCAUCUCAUGAACAUGUUUUAUCCAGUGCCAACUCGGCUAUUUCCUACUCGGCCUGGAGGCCUAGUUUUCUCAGUCCGUUUUCGUCGUCCGGUUCAAGUCCGAACCACGUCAGUAUGUUUGGACUGUCUUCAUCUCAUCAACCCAACCUCAGCAGCAAUUGUAACGAGAACAACAAUAAUGGUUCGGUUACGGAUUUUUGUGAAAAGUCGGACAUUGUUGCACGAGCAGGAGGUGGGAAGAAGAAAAAGAAGAAGCGAAGGCACAGAACAAUAUUUACCAGCUAUCAGCUAGAAGAACUAGAAAAGGCCUUCAAGGAGGCACAUUACCCAGAUGUGUAUGCUCGUGAGAUGUUGUCCCUAAAGACAGAUCUACCUGAGGACAGGAUACAGGUUUGGUUCCAAAAUCGGAGAGCUAAGUGGAGGAAAACGGAAAAGACGUGGGGCCGAAGCAGCAUCAUGGCGGAAUAUGGAUUAUACGGCGCCAUGGUGCGACAUUCGCUCCCUCUACCAGAGACGAUCAUUAAAAGUGCUAAAGAUGGCGUCAUGGAUUCCUGCGCUCCCUGGUUACUGAGCAUGCACAAAAAGUCCAUAGAAGCAGCGGAAAAGAUGAAAGAUGAUGACGACAUAUGUGACGUCAUCAGUCCCGCGAGCCACGAGGAGUCGCCGUCACGUGACCGGGAAGAGAUACGAUCAGAAAGCAUAGCCACUCUAAGAGCAAAGGCUCAACAACACAGUGAAAAAAUCCGAAAAGCCAUUCACCUUUCAGACAGUGACAGUUCUAAUUCGGAGUCAACGGCUAAGGAAAUCUUGCAAAAAUACGCUAGUCGUUUUGAGCAGCCGUCUCAGAAGCAGUUAGCUAAUACUGAAAAGGACAUUGAGAUCGCAAAAAAUCAGUAACGCUCAUGACAAUGGUCUAUAUUUGAAUUUGGAAAAUGCAAGGCUUAUAUACUUCUAAACAAUAACAUCAGUAACUUCUCAACAACAACAACAGCUGAUGCUUUUGUUUGUCAGAUUAUAGAAGAUGUUUUAGAGGAGACUACUGUUUGAAAAGCUUGGGAUUGAAACAGGAGCAAUUCUCAUAACGAAAAGGCAUAUUGAGCCAAUCUAAACGGUUUGUUAAAUUGCCAUUUGAUUACAUUUAAUUGUGUUCAUUAAAUGGUUUUGUUGGUAUCCAUGACAUAUGGGGUGCUUAUAAGGACAUGUUAGCGGAUGCUGCUCAUGUUCCUGAUCACCGGAAACAAAUAACCGGCGUAUGUUAGUAAAAUGUUAUUAUCGCUGUUACACAUU